AUGACAAUCCCACGCUUGGAAUUAUCUGCCGCAUGGUUGCUAACACAACUGAUACUUCAUGUUAAAGAAGUUCAGUCGCUUGAAAAUGUCAGGAUCAAUCUCUGGACUGACUCCGCCGUGACUCUCGCAUGGAUUAAAAGUCCAGCAAUCCGCUGGAAGACAUUCGUCCGCAAUAGAGUGGGAAAAAUCCAAGAAACGCUUCGAGAUGUCUCCUGGAAAUUUAUUCCAGGAAAACAAAACCCCGCUGACUGCGCUUCAAGAGGUAUACCUACGCUAAAACUGAAACAACACGCUCUCUGGUGGCAUGGACCAACUUGGUUUCAUGAACCAGAAUCCUCUUGGCCCACUCUGGAGCCUCCAACCGACAACGCAACGCAUCGAGAAGAACGCCAAGGUCUGACACUAGUAACUUGGAAAGCAGAAAAUUGCCUGCUCCAACAAUUACUGUCGCAUUACACGCAGCUGUUUCCACUGCUACGGAAGCUUAGCAUCUGGCAUCGUGCCAUCGACCGCUUUAAAAGAGUUCCACAAUCUUCGCUGGCCUACCCGCUUACUCCAUCAGACCUGGAGCGCGCUAAAUUGACCUUGAUUAAGUUCACUCAAGGACAAUACUUCGCUAGAGAGAUUCACACGCUACAAGAUGGUGAUGGUCUGCCUAAAAAUAACAGCAUCACUAAGCUGACUCCGUUCAUCGACCAUCAGGGGGUCCUGAGAGUCGGUGGCCGCUUGAAAAACGCAUUGCUGGACCCAGAAGAGAGGCAUCCAGCGAUUCUACCGCGACAAUCACCGCUUACAUCAAUUUUGAUUGAUGAUUCGCACCGCAAAACGCUUCACGGAGGUACUCAGCUUACGCUCGCUGACUUACGCAAAACUGUCUGGAUCAUUGGAGGCCGUGUUCCAGUCAGAUCCUUUAUUCUACGCUGUGUAAUUUGCACGAGACAUCGUGGAGAACGCGCUCAACAGCUGAUGGGUCAACUACCUGCCGCACGAGUACAGCCAACUCGAGCCUUUUUGCAUACAGGACUCGAUUAUGCUGGACCCAUCACGCUAAAAACGUUUCAAGGACGUGGAGCAAAAACAUACAAAGGCUGGAUUGCUGUCUUUGUAUGCAUGUUCAGCUCAGCUGUUCAUCUAGAGCUAGUCACUGACUACACCGCUGCCGCUUUCAUCGCCGCUUAUCGCCGCUUCACUAGUCGCCGAGGUAUCUGCCACACGCUAUAUUCUGACUGUGGAACCAAUUUCGUAGGAGCAGAAAAAGAGCUGAAACGACUAUUCGCAGCAGGAUCCCGCACAUUACGAGAAUUAUCAAGUCUGAUCGCGCAAGAUGGCACGAACUGGAAAUUCAAUCCGCCUGGAGCUCCACAUUUUGGAGGAAAAUGGGAAGCCGCUGUGAAAUCUAUCAAAUUUCACCUUCGAAGAACAAUCGGAGACUCGCUGUUGACGCUUGAGCAAUAUUCAACGCUACUGGCUCAAAUUGAAGCCAUAUUGAAUUCCAGACCGCUCACACCGCUGAAUGAAGAUCCUGCUGACCUGGCUGUAUUAACUCCAGGUCAUUUCUUAAUCGGACAGUCAUUGACCGCAGUCCCAGAGCCAUCGCUGACAGAUUUACAACCUGCUCGGCUCUCGCACUGGGAACAAGUCCAGCAAAUGGUGCAACAUUUCUGGAAACGCUACCACCAGGACUGUAUCCACCGCUACCAGGCCAUUUCAAAGUGGCAUCAUCAACGCAACCAGAUCAAAGUGGGUUCAGUUGUACUGAUCACCACUGAGGAUCUUCCGCCAACCAAGUGGCCAUUAGCCAAAGUGAUUGCUGUCCAUCCAGGAGCAGAUGGACAAAUCCGCGUGGUAACUGUGAAGACAGUUAACACAGAGCUGGUACGCCCAAUUACAAAGCUUUGUGUCUUGCCACUGACGCACGAAGAGGAUGAUCUUGUCGACGCAGCCGCCAACGCCGGGGAGAAUGUUCAGUGA